AUGGACGUGGACGUGAACGUGGACGUGGACGUGGACGUGGACGUGGACGUGGACGUGGACGUGGACGUGGACGUGGACGUUGGACGUGGACGUGGACGUGGACGUGGACGUGGACGUGGACGUGGACGUGGACGUGGACGUGACGUGGACAUGGACGUGGACGUGGACGUGGACGUGGACAUGGACGUGGACGUGGACUGGACAUGGACAUGGACGUGGACGUGGACGUGGACGUGGACGUGGACAUGGACGUGGACGUGGACGUGGACGUGGACAUGGACUGGACAUGGACGUGGACGUGGACGUGGACGUGGACGUGGACAUGGACGUGGACGUGGACGUGGACGUGGACGUGGACGUGGACGUGGACAUGGACAUGGACGUGGACAUGGACGUGGACGUGGACGUGGACAUGGACGUGUGGACGUGGACGUGGACAUGGACAUGGACGUGGACAUGGACGUGGACGUGGACGUGGACGUGGACAUGGACGUGGACGUGGACAUGGACGUGGACGUAGACGUGGACGUGGACGUGGACGUGGACGUGACAUGGACUGGACGUGGACGUGGACUGGACGUGGACGUGGACGUGGACGUGGACAUGGACGUGGACGUGGACAUUGACGUGGACGUGGACGUGGACGUGGACGUGGACAUGGACAUGGACGUGGACGUGGACAUGGACGUGGACGUGGACGUGGACGUGGACGUGGACUUGGACAUGGACAUGGACGUGGACGUGGACGUGGACAUGGACGUGGACAUGGACGUGGACAUGGACGUGGACGUGGACGUGGACGUGGACAUGGACAUGGACGUGGACGUGGACAUGGACGUGGACGUGGACGUGGACGUGGACUUGGACGUGGACAUGGACGUGGACUUGGACGUGGACGUGGACGUGGACAUGGACGUGGACGUGGACGUGGACGUGGACGUGGACGUGGACCUGGACGUGGACAUGGACGUGGACAUGGACGUGGACGUGGACGUGGACAUGGACGUGGACGUGGACGUGGACGUGGACGUGGACAUGGACAUGGACAUGGACGUGGAGUGGGACGUGGACGUGGACGUGGAGGUGGACGUGGACGUGGACGUGGACGUGGACAUGGACGUGGACGUGGACGUGGACGUGGACAUGGACGUGGACGUGGACAUGGACAUGGACGUGGACGUGGACGUGGACGUGGACAUGGACGUGGACCUGGACGUGGACGUGGACGUGGACGUGGACGUCGACCUGGACGUGGACGUGGACGUGGACGUGGACGUGGACAUGGACGUGGACAUGGACGUGGACGUGGACGUGGACCUGGACAUGGACGUGGACGUGGACAUGGACGUGGACGUGGACGUGGACGUUGACGUGGACGUGGACAUGGACAUGGACGUGGACGUGGACGUGGACGUGGACAUGGACAUGGACGUGGACGUGGACGUGGACGUGGACGUGGACGUGGACAUGGUCCUGGACGUGGACGUGGACUUGGACGUGGACGUGGACGUGGAUGUGGACGUGGACGUGGACGUGGACAUGGACAUGGACGUGGACGUGGACGUGGACGUGGACCUGGACGUGGACGUGGACGUGGACGUGGACAUGGACGUGGACGUGGACGUGGACGUGGACGUGGACAUGGACAUGGACGUGGACGUGGACAUGGACGUGGACGUGGACGUGGACAUGGACGUGGACGUGGACAUGGACAUGGACGUGGACGUGGACGUGGACGUGGACGUGGACAUGGACGUGGACGUGGACGUGGACGUGGACGUGGACGUGGACAUGGACAUGGACGUGGACAUGGACGUGGACGUGGACAUGGACGUAAACGUGGACGUGGACGUGGACGUGGAUGUUGACAUGGACAUGGACAUGGACGUGGACGUGGACGUGGAGUGGACGUGGACGUGGAUGUGGACGUGGACGUGGACGUGGACGUGGACAUGGAUAUGGACGUGGAGGUGGACAUGGACAUGGACGUGGACGUGGACGUGGACGUGGACAUGGACGUGGACGUGGACAUGGACGUGGACGUGGACGUGGACGUGGACGUGA